UUUUUUACCAAACGCGAUCAAACUUUGACCCCUGUAGAUAACACCCGAGUAACCUAACCUAACUUUUUGACCAUGUUCGCUUUGAGACACUUUCAAAAAUUACCGAAAAACCCCGUCUAUACACACCGAAAAAUCUCACAAACCAGCGACUUAGUCACCCAAAACCUUCCCAACUCCGACGAAGGUAUCACAGUUUUUGGUUUCAACCGACCCCAACAGAAAAACUCCUUCGGGACAAAGCUAGUCCGGGAAUUGCAAAAUGCCAUCCAGAAAAUCCAUUUUGAUACAACCGCCCGAGUUCUGAUUGUUCGGAGUUUAGUCCCUGGGGUGUUCUGCGCAGGUGCGGAUUUGAAGGAACGAUUAUCCAUGCCCCAGGAGCAAGUGGCUCAAUUCGUGUCAAAUCUGCGCAGUAUUAUGGACCAAAUCCAGAAUUUGCCCAUUCCGGUCAUAGCCGCGCUGGAUGGAGUAGCCGUGGGUGGCGGGCUCGAAUUGUCACUCGCGUGCGACAUCCGAGUGGCCGCCAACGACGCCAAAAUGGGUCUAGUAGAAAGCAAACUAGCCAUAAUUCCAGGGGCCGGAGGUACCCAAAGAUUGCCUCGUUUGGUUGGACCAUCCAUUGCAAAAGAGUUGAUUUUUACCGCGCGAGUGAUCAAUGGAGACCACGCCUACAAACUAGGCGUGGUUAAUCACGUGGUUCCACAAAACACCAAUAGCGAUGCGGCUUAUCUUAAGUCGCUUGAACUAGCAAGAGAGAUUUUGCCGAACGGGCCUGUGGCGAUACGCAUGGCCAAGAAAGCCAUCAAUAGAGGACUAGAAGCUGAUUUAAGUACGGGUCUAGCGAUAGAAGAAGCCUGCUACGCUCAAGUUAUACCAACGAAAGACCGACUGGAAGGGUUGCAAGCUUUCAACGACAAAAGAAAACCGAAUUACAUUGGACAAUAAUUUUUAAUAAACAAUGAAUCUCAUAAGUUGAAAA